CCCCACAACAUUUCAAUCUCUCUCUCUCCCUCUCUCUCUGCACUUUCAUUAAUUCAAGCCUGCUCAUCAUCAGUUUGAUAAGCAUCAGAAUGCGGAAGCUUGAACUUCUAUUGCUGCUAUUCCUAGCAACGUGCCACACCAUUUUUUCCAUCCCUGACGGUUUACUUCCCAAUGGCAACUUCGAGCUUGGCCCUAAGCCAUCACAACUGAAGGGCACUGUAGUCACAGCUCGCGACGCCAUACCUGAAUGGACCAUUUCUGGUUUCGUUGAGUACAUAAAAGCAGGAAAGAAACAAGAUGACAUGGUGCUGCUUGUGCCCGAGGGAGCCUCUGCUGUUAGGCUUGGGAACGAAGCCUCCAUAAUGCAGAAGGUGAAGCUUGUCAAGGGAAUGUUCUAUUCCAUAACGUUCAGUGCAGGUCGUACAUGUGCACAAGAAGAGAAGAUCAAUGUGUCCGUGACUCCCACAUAUGAAAAGAGGAACUGGGGUGUGUUUCCGAUUCAGACAGUGCAUAGUAGCCAUGGAUGGGAUUUUUAUGCCUGUGGGUUCAGAGCAGAUAACUCAGAUGUGGAGAUUGUGAUUCAUAAUACUGGUGCGGAGGAACAUCCUGCUUGUGGACCCAUUGUUGAUUCUGUUGCCUUGGCGGUCUUGAACCAUUCUAAGAGAACAAAUGAGAAUUUGCUGAAAAAUGGAGACUUUGAGGACGGUCCAUAUGUGUUCCCAAACGUUACAAAUUGUGGGGUCUUGAUCCCACCCAACAUGGAUGAUCCUCACAGCCCAUUACCAGGAUGGAUAAUAGAGUCUCUCAAGUCUGUGAAGUACAUAGACUCUGAUCACUUCUUUGUGCCUAAGGGCAAAAGAGCCAUUGAACUUGUUGCAGGGAAAGAGAGUGCCAUUGCUCAAGUGGUCAGAACACAGACUGGCUGGAUUUAUGAUCUGUCAUUUGCUGUGGGUGAUGCUAACAACGCUUGUGAAGGUUCCAUGACAGUGGAGGCAUUUGCAGGCAAAGAAACCGUGAAGGUUUCUUAUGAUUCUAAGGGAAAAGGAGGGUUUGUAAGAGGGAAGCUUCGGUUCAAGGCCGCGUCGUCUCGCACUCGCAUCACAUUCUUUAGCACAUUCUAUAGCAUGAAGACUGAUGGCUCGCUUUGUGGACCUGUUCUAGAUGAUGUCAAAUUGUUGAGUGCUCAUUAUUUUAGACAUCGUUGAUUGAAUUGAUUCUGAGAAUAUAGUGAGCUUGUGCACUUUUAAAGGCUUAUCAAAUAGCUUGUUAUAAAUACAUUAGUUACAGUCUUGACAGAGAUAAUCUUGUAAUAAUAGAGCCAAGAGAAGCGUUACUUUUGUGUGAAUUUUAAGUUUUAUGUGCAUUCAUGUAAUAAAUGCAUUACAGAUGGUGGGGUUUUUCAUAAGCAAAUUUGUUCGGAAA